AUGGAUAUUGGCUUAUUGGAAGAGGGAUUGAAAAGUCCAAAUGCCGUAGAAUUAUUUACGAAAGAAUUAAUGAAGGCCAUUACAGACGGAGACUCAGCCAGAACAGAUGCUCUAUUCAGCGCAGUUGCAAACGCUUCAACAAUAUCAAAGCCAAGCAUUGCAAUUCUUUUGAAAAAGUCUCUCGAUGCGAUAGAGAAGAACAGCACGCCUCUGCAGGAAAGAAUAAGAAUCUACAACAAGCUGAUAGAGUGGGCAGAGGUGAACAGAAGAAACCUCCUGAAAAUAGACUUUGACAUGCGAAAGAUCGAGGGCCUUCUUUUGAUGGGCAAAUACAGCGAAGCGCUUGAGCUCAUUUCAACAACAGCAAAGGUCCUAAAGAGAGCAGACGACAAGCUCGGGCUGGUCAAGCUUUUUUAUCUGGAAAGCAAGGUGUUUUACGCACUAAAAAACAUUUCCAAGGCAAAAUCUUCUCUGACAAUGUCAAAGUCAACUGCCACUUUUGUCUACUGUCCAUCUUUUUUGCAGGCUAAAAUCGAUCUUCUUUCUGCCAUGUACGCAGCAGAUGAAAAAGAGUACUCGAUCAGCACGGGAUACAUAAUAGAAGCGCUUGACGGGUUUACUCUGUCGCAGGACCAGGAGAUGAGUGUGCUCUGCUGCAGAUACCUGAUCCUCAUAAAAAUCAUGAACAACAAGGCGGUGGAGAUAGAGUCGCUGUCGCAGAAUAAGCCCGUUCUGCAGCAGCACAAGGACGAUGCAUGUAUAAAGAUGCUGUAUGAAAUAGGCAAGUGCGUUCUGGACAGAGACCUGAGGAAGUGUAGAGAUAUUGUAGAUGAAAAUGUAAAAUUGAUUGAAUCGGAUGAGUUUUUGACCAAUCAUCUGCGGUGUCUGUGCGACAACCUGAUUGACUCGAAUAUUCUCAAGAUAAUUGAGCCAUACUCUAAUAUAAACAUAGAGUACAUUGCAAAAGUGCUCAACUUCAAUUUAGACGUAAUCGAAGAUAGACUGAGAAGAAUGAUCUUGGACGAGAAAAUAAAAGGAGACAUUGACCAGGAGACCAUGUGCAUAAAUAUUCAAAAGAGUGAAGACAAAAAGAGCCACAGAGCAGAGGCCGAAGAGAUCCUUAACGUUCUGGAAGAUACAAUUAGCACAAUUCUCACAAAGUAA